UUUCUAUGUUUUUGUCCAUGAUUAAAGCAAAUGUUGAUUUGGAACAGAAACCACAGUACAUUUUUUUCUGCAAUGACGACAUGCUGAAGUGAAGUUGUACAUAAAAAAGCGUAAAAAUUGAAAACAAAAACUUGCAGCUGAUUGUUAACGAGUUCUGUUUGAAGGUGCUCUUUGUAGUGCUGUGCAUGUCAGUGAGGGACAAGACACAAUAUCCAUGUUUUUCCUACGGCAUCAUUAGUGUAGCAGUGAUGUCGACUUGCAAUUGGAAAAGCCAUUUAUCACUAUAUAGAAGGGGUUAUAGUGUGUUCAGGGAGCUGUGAAAAGUGAAUGUAAUCUUUUCCUUUUUAAUUCACACUUCACAGUAUUUAGAAAAUACAGGCCCCUCCCCCUUAUAGACUGUAUAUAAAGCUGGACAGUGAAUCUACGCUGGGUGGAUUAGGGCCCUUCUAUGUUCAAAGGAGUAACCUAGAAUCCCACACUUUGCAAUACUGAAUUGAUUUUAUCAGACCACAGUUGCAUUGUUAAAAACAGAAUGCUACAGUUUCUGAUGUACAAAAGCAAAAAUGUCUGUGUUAGCAGGAAAGCUAACAUUUACCAGAAGCAAGACAACUCCAGGAUUGAGAAGCAGUUUCUCAAUGAAUCAGAUAAACUGACCUGACAGUUGUCUCCUGAUGUUGGGUAGAUUCCCAUUAAGCCAGACAGCCUUCAGUAGGUAAAUGUGAUAUACUUCCAGUUAACCAAACUUUAAACUGAAGAAGGCUUGUGACAAUAUAAUGAUUUUAUAUUUUUAUGGCAAGAAAGUACAUCUUUAUUGCCAUAAGAAAUGACAGGCAGUGCUAUCUGUGGUCUAGUAAGACUGAUGCAUCUUUGCAAAGUUUGGUUAUUUGAUAAGAAAACUUUUAUUUUUGUAAAGUUUUUUUUUCUUUUAACAGAGACAUUUUUCCUUAAAUCAGAUCCUUUCUUCUCAAAAUUACAAUGUUGGGCCUAAUACACUAUCACCACUAUCUCACACUGUGUAGAACUGUGGUCUAACCACGACAGUCUGGCUAUGUUGGAAACUUGCUCUACACUUAUCAUUUAUUAGAUAAAACCUCUGCGUGACCAUUUUUAGUUACAGUCUACAAAAACUGACAAAAUGACAACAUAACAAGAAUGAACAAGAAAUGAGUUCUGGAAUUGAAAAAUUAAAAUUCAUAAUUUUUGUUAUACAUCUGAACAUUACACUAUAGAACUGCAUACAUACUGCAUAUACAUACUGCAUUUACAAUACAGCUUCCCUUUUGUAUAUAUAUAGCAGAAUGUAGUUGUAUGUGGUCAUGUGAAAGAUCUCUACACUUUUUAAAAAUACUUGUUCAUGUAGAGUGUUUAUUCUUAAUUAUUACUAUAUAUAUAUCUAUAUAUAGAUAUAUAUAUAUAUCUAUAUAUAUAUCUAUAUAUAGAUAUAUAUAUAGAUAUUGAGAUUUUUCUCAGAUCUCUAGUAACAUGAUGAAGAACAGAUAAUACACACCUCUGACCACACGGGGUCAGCAGAGGAUUUCCUGCACUGGACUUCUUUAAAGUUUUCUAUCUGCAGUCCUCUGCAAACGCCAUCAACUCAUGAAAAUGUAUCCAGUCAAAAUGUUUCAAAAGUAAAAUUAGGAUUUUCAGUCUAUCAAAGCAGAUCUGGGAGGACUGAUCCAUGACUUCUGAAACUCUUGAGUUUGGCUUUGAUUUUUGACGAUGAUGCUAACUGACUGAACAGGAUGGGUAACGUCCUGCUGUUUUUUAAAGACGUUUUUUGUUUUUGUUUUUGUUUUUACUAAAAAUUUUGGAUUUUUGUGUUGAUUACAAAACCACAUUCAAAUGGACAUUUUCAGGUGAGUCACAGUUUUUAUCAUAUUUGUCUUUCUUUGCCUUAUAUGUGAAAAUGUUCACUGUUUCUAUUUAUUGCCGUUUUUAAAAUUUCUAUCUCUUUUUUCUUUUCAGUUGCUGCCAAUGUAACGUGAGUAUUUUAACAAUGUCUGCAUCCAGAAGUUCAUACCACAGCAGCAGAUACUGUGGAUCACGGAAGUUCUGAUUGUAUUUUAAAGCAUGUUUCUGCACAAAUCUCUGAAUUAUUAAGGCAACGCACUCCUAAUAACAAAGGGUGUAUGUGCAGUUUAAGUGCAUUCUUUCGUUUUGUAGAUAAUUGCAAAAAACCUCCAGAAUCUCUGAUCUAUCCAACAUUUACAUCACAAGAAACUGCUUAAACACAGUGAAGGUUGAAGACAGACUCUAUUUCAAAUAUUUAAUGCUUUAAUCUGAUGCCCAAAAUAAAUGUUUUUUUUCUCUUUGCAUCCCCUCGGUUUUGAUUUCUUGACGUUGUCACAGCUGGUUUUGCUGAUUUAUGAAUGCCCUAAACUAGAAAUUAUCCCAAACUUUAAGUCAUAUUAAGUAUGAUUUAAGUCUCAUCAUUUCCUUAUCUCCCUGUGCAUAGUGCCUCAUGUCCAGCUGUCAGCCUGACCUGUCCCAAGGAGGACUGCUGACCGCCUUGGAUUGACUAUUUAUGAGGUGACUGGUCAAAGGAUGAAGGCAUUUCAGGAGCUGAUUGGCCUGGUCGGUCUCAGGGCUUCUCAUGGCCAUAAAAGUUGAAACCAAACCCCCGUCCAAGCCCAUAUAUACCCCACAGAGUUAGCUUUUUAAUCAGUGACUCCCUCACUGCGUCCCAGCCCUUCAGCCAGUCUCUGCCGGCCUCCUCAUCAUCACUUUGUAGAGUCAGAAACCUGAAGGAAGCCACAAUGUCUGAGGGAAAGAAGAUGACGUCAAGCCGCAGGCAUCAUCUCAAGAGUUUAAUGCUGCAAAUCGCUGCCAACUUGCUCGAGCAGGAAGCUGCUGAAAUCAUCGUCACCAAAGAAGCUUACCUUGCAGAGAACUGUGCCGCCCUCGACCUGAGCAGAGACCAGGCAGCUCUGAUGGACUUCUGCAAAAAGCUGCAUCAGGCCAUUGAUAAGAUUGAUGAGGAGAGAUACGACACCCAGGUCAAAGUGGAAAAGGCCGACAAAGAGAUCACUGAACUGAAGAUGAAGGUCAUCGAGCUGGCCGGAGUGAAGAAACCAGCCUUGAAGAAAGUGCGUAUGAGUGCCGACGCCAUGCUUAAAGCUCUUCUGGGCUCCAAACACACGGUAAACAUGGACCUCAGGGCCAACCUGAAGCAGGUCAAGAAGGAGGUGAAGGAGGAGUCUGCUGAGGUGGUGGGCGACUGGCGCAAGAACAUUGAGGACAAGGCUGACAGGAAGAAGAUGUUUGAGACCUCUUAAAGACUUUCUCAUCCAACUUUUGUUUUGCUCAUUCUGGGAUGUUACAGCUCUUCUUCACUGUUGCCUCUGAUGUGCAAUUAAAUGUUCUUUUUGGAAUAAGGCAA